AUCCACCCUCCGCACCCCCUCCACCUCUCGACCACCAUGGACACCAUUAACAAGAUCGUCGACCAGGGCAAGAACCUCGUCAACCAGUACACGAGCACCGACAGCUCGACCUCGUCCUCGACUUCCGCCGCCACCACCUCGACGACCUCGCAGUCGCACGCCCAGCCGCCCGCUGUCGCCGAGAACGAGCCCUCGGGCGCCGACGCGCUCGUGCCCGACGUCGGCGACUCGCUCGGCGUCACGGGCGGCGUCGACCGCCUCACGACCGACCAUGCGACCGUCGGCGACGAGACUGGCGCGGGCGUCGCGGCGCAGGACGGCGAGCCGGCGUAUGAGGCGUACAGCACGGCCGGGCGCGACGCGACGGGCACGUUCGACGGCGGCGCCAACGAGAACCCUCCCACGCUCGGCGCCGGCCAGAUGCCGCAGUGAGCUCGUCUCUCUAAGAUAGAUGUUUGGUCCUGCAGUGUACAUAUUCCCGCCGAG